AGAAAAGAUAUAUCCCACAGCCACUGGAGAAAAAGAAGAAAAUGUUAAAAAGAACAGAUAUAAGGACAUACUGCCAUUGCUGCGAAUUGAAUGCAGUGUCUGGCUCAUGCUAAGCUGGUGUGCUACCACUGAGCUACAUCCCCAGCCCUUUUUAAACUUUGAAACAGGGUCUUGUUAAAUUGCGUAGGCUGGCCUCACACUUGAGAUGCUCCUGCCUCAGCUUCCGGAGUAGCUGGAAUCGCAUACAGUUGAUCACAGCAGAGUUAAGUUGACUUUAAAGACUCCUUCUCAAGAUUCGGAUUAUAUCAAUGCAAAUUUUAUUAAGGGUGUCUAUGGGCCAAAAGCAUAUGUGGCAACCCAAGGACCUUUGGCAAAUACAGUAAUCGAUUUUUGGAGGAUGAUAUGGGAAUACAAUGUUGUGAUCAUUGUGAUGGCCUGCCGGGAGUUUGAGAUGGGCAGGAAAAAAUGUGAACGCUAUUGGCCUUUGUAUGGGGAAGACCCUAUAACGUUUGCGCCGUUUAAGAUUUCUUGUGAAGAUGAACAAGCAAGAACAGACUACUUCAUUAGGACACUGUUACUUGAAUUUCAAAAUGAAUCUCGUAGGUUGUAUCAGUUUCAUUAUGUGAACUGGCCAGACCAUGAUGUCCCGUCAUCAUUUGAUUCCAUCCUGGAUAUGAUAAGCUUAAUGAGGAAAUACCAAGAGCAUGAAGAUGUGCCGAUUUGUAUUCACUGCAGUGCAGGCUGUGGAAGAACAGGUGCCAUUUGUGCCAUCGAUUAUACCUGGAAUUUACUAAAAGCUGGGAAAAUACCAGAGGAAUUUAAUGUAUUUAAUUUAAUACAAGAAAUGAGAACACAGAGGCAUUCUGCAGUUCAAACAAAGGAGCAAUAUGAGCUUGUUCAUAGAGCUAUUGCACAGCUAUUUGAAAAACAGCUGCAGUUGUAUGAAAUUCAUGGAGCCCAGAAAAUUACUGAUGAAGGGAAUGAAAUUACCCCUGAAAAUAUGAUCAGCUCCGUAGAUACUGAAAAGCAAGAUUCUCCUCCUCCAAAACCCCCACGGACUCGCAGUUGUCUUGUGGAAGGAGACGCGAAGGAAGAAAUCCUUCAGCCUCCAGAGCCCCACCCAGUGCCGCCCAUCCUGACACCUUCUCCCCCGUCCGCAUUCCCCACGGUCACUACGGUGUGGCAGGACAACGACAGAUACCACCCGAAGCCAGUGUUGCACAUGGUUUCGUCGGAACAGCAUUCGACAGACCUCAACAGAAACUAUAAUAAAUCAGCAGACCUUCCCGGGAAAAACGAAUCACCAACUGAACAAAUAGAUAAAAAAUUGGAACGAAAUUUAAGUUUUGAAAUUAAGAAGGUCCCUCUCCAAGAGGGACCAAAAAGUUUUGAUGGGAACACACUCUUGAAUAGAGGACAUGCAUUUAAAAUAAAAUCUGCUUCAUCCUGUACAGCUGAUAAAGUGUCGAAGUCCCCCGAGGUAAGUGCUGGGGAUGUGAAAGCCGAUGACCUGUCCCUGAAUUCCUGUGCGGACUGCAGCACCCCCCAGCUCAGUGAAGAGCCCCGGCUGAGUGCAGACACCCCCCCGAGGCCCGACCGCCUGCCCCUCGACAGGAAGGGACACGCGGCGUGGUCAUUCCACAGACCUGAAAACGCCACCUCUGCCCCUGACGCCUCUGAAGACAGGUCCCCAGGUAGUCACUGUCUGGCCCCAAAAACUCUGAGCUCAAGCCCCAACCCCGCCACACCAGGCGAAGCCCGGGACCGCGACGAGGAGCCCACUGGUUCGCCAAUGUUCCAGGUCCCCCUGAGUUUCAUGAACCCUCUUCAUUCGGAUGACUCGGACUCAGAUGACAGGAACUCUGAUGGUGCUGGGACCAAGAACAAAACUAGCAUUUCAACAGCAAGUGCCACAGUGUCUGCUGCCACCAGUACUGAGAGCGUUUCCGCCAGGAAGGUGGUGCCCAUGUCCAUUGCUGGACACGACGUGGCGGGAGCGCUGUGUCCAGGUGCUGACAAAGAUGUUGAUGUUAGUGAAGACUCACCUCCUCCCCUACCUGAAAGAACUCCUGAAUCUUUUGUACUAGCAGGUGAACAUAAUGUACCUAUAGGAUCUGAAUGGAGUGAACUUCACAGUCAGAAAUGGUCUGAGCAAAAACAGUCUGAAGGCUUGAUAACCUCUGGAAGUGAAAAAUGUGAUCGUCCAGCAGCAGGAUCUCCACUGACUGUAAGUGACAAGAAAGAUCAGAUAACAGAAAGUCCAGCAGAAGCCACAGAUAUUGGUUUUGGUAAUCGCUGUGGAAAACCCAGAGGACCAAGAGACCCACCUUCAGAAUGGACAUGAUUCAGGGAGCUAAAUCAGUCAUACUGGAAAAUUCAAGUGCCAGUGAAUGCGAGAUUUACAGUAUUCCAUCUUUAAAAUGUGGAACUAACAGCAGUGUAGAUUGUUACCUUAAUCUUUUUUUUUCUGGGACCAUCUACCUGCCUUAUACUACAAUUAGGAAAAAGUAUUACAUAUGGUUUAUUUUGUAAUUUCAAGUAUUAUUGCCUUAAUAUCUCUUAACCCUGUUACACGCUGCUUGUAGACCUGUUAAUACAAUAAUACUUUUAUGAUAAAAUUGAGUUUAAGGACUACUCUUUUGCUGUUUUAUCAUGUAUGCAUUGUUUUGUAUAUGUACAGGGCAAGUAGGUAUAUAAUUUGAUAAAGUUGCAGUCAUAAAAUAAUAUUAACAGAAGAUGUAAGAAAUUUCUGCAUGAUCUAAAUUUUUGUGUACCUUAUUUGUAAAUUAUUUGCCCUGAAGUUUUAGAAAAUAGUUUCUGAAUUUUAAAAUUGCUGGAUUCAUCCAGCCAGCAUUGCAGGUUAUCAGAGAUCAAAGAUUGUAAUAAUAAUACAUUUUGUAAAUUGUAAGCAAAAAAAAAGCUAUUUUUAUAUUAUAUACCGUCUAAUUGUUCAUCCUAAUUGUUGUUGUUUUCAUCUAGUCAUGGAGAUUCAGUAAGUGCCUUGGAACAAUAUUGAAUUCUCUUAGGUCAUGUGUGUUACUUUAAUAUUUGAACUCAACUGGGAUUAGAAGACUAUCAGAAUAUGUGUAUGUUUCAGGAUAUUUGACCUGCCAUUAAAAAACAAAACAAUUUUACAGUGCCUACAUGUUGUCUUGGUUUU